ACAAUUCUGCAGAAACAGCUUGCAAAUUGCAGUGCCCCUCCAGCACUUGAACGUUGUUAUCUAGCUACCAGCCAAAGCAUAUUAUUAAUUACUGGAGUGGAGACAAUUGUACAAAACCAAAGUUAUCUUCAUAGCUUAUAUCAUUCUACGUAAGACAAGCAAAAUAUGCAUGUAACGGUUCAAAUGAAGUCAUUCUUGCUGAUUAUAUUUCCCAUGGUUCUUGCAAUCACAACCAUGAUGCUGUUCCCAAUAGCCAUUGCUGGUGACAAAAUUGAUAUAGGCGUUUGUUAUGGAAUGGUGGCGGACAACUUACCUCCGGCCGCAGAAGUCAUUGCCCUUUACAAGAAGUAUAGCAUUGGCAAACUGAGGCUUUUUGAUCCAAAUCGAGAUGCUCUACAAGCACUAAAGGGCAGUGACAUUGAUGUCACAUUAGGCGUAAAAAAUGAAGAUAUACCAAACAUAGCAGCAAGCGUUGACGGCGCAAGAUCAUGGUUUAGGACAUAUCUACAACCUUAUACUAAUGACAUUACAUUCGCAUUCGUUUCUGUGGGAAAUGAGGCCAUCCCAGGUGAGUUCGCAGACAGUAUUGCACCAGCCAUGAAAAAUCUUCAGUCUGUCUUAAGUGAUGACAACCUUAAUGGUAUAACCGUGACAACAUCAGUGUCAACGGCUGUGCUUGGAACUUCCUUUCCGCCUUCAGCCAGCGUAUUCUCAGAUGAUGCAAAGGGUGCAAUUGUCGAUGUUCUGAACUUUUUAACCAUCAAGGGAUCACCUCUGAUGGUGAAUGUGUACCCUUACUUCGCCUAUGCAUCCGAUCCAGUGCAUGUUCGUCAAGAUUAUGCACUCUUCACCGCAACAGAUGCGGUGGUUGUGGAUGGUAAUUUGACUUAUCAUAACUUGUUUGAUGCUACGGUAGAUGCAGUGUACUGGGCAAUGGAGAAAGAAGGCGUGCAUAAUGUGGGAGUGGCAGUUUCCGAGAGUGGAUGGCCUUCUGCCGGGAAGGGGAAUUUCACAACUCCAAAACUUGCGUCUGCGUACAACAAGCACUUCAAGCAGCAUAUCUUGAGCAAGGCUGGUACACCUAAAAGGCCAGGGGCUCACAUUGAAGGCUUCAUUUUUGCCAUGUUUAAUGAAGAUCUCAAGCCUGCUGGAGUAGAACAAAAUUGGGGACUUUUUUAUCCUAACAUGAAACCUGUUUAUCCAGUGUUUUGACACAAAGUCCAAAUGCAUGUAUUUGGACUUUUGGACACAGGUGCUUAUU